GGCUGCUGCACGCGCGCUGCGGAACACCACCGUCCUCAGAGUCUCAGUCGGUGCUGUGUCUGUCUGUGUCAGCCUCGGACUGGACCGGUCAGGAUGGCUCGGGCUGCGGUGCUCCUGCUCCUGCUCGGACUGUUCGCCGCUUGCCGGGCCCAGUUCGCUCCACCUACAGUCAACAUCAGCCUGGACGAGGACCCAGAGGUGCGCUGGGCGCCUCUCACCAAAGUCUUUGACGUAGAGUACCUGAACAAAGCCGCCGCAGAGGUCAUUGACUCCACCGUUCCAAAAUGGGUGCAUCAGGCAAUAACACCCAUUGUGACGGCCCUGGAGAAGUACGUUCCUGAGCCUUACGCGGGGGAGAUCCGCGGCAUGGCCUCAAACCUUGGAGGAAGCCUUUCAGAUGUCAUCAUUCUCAACUUUGCCUAUGAAGUGACUGCAUUUUGCACUAGCAUCGUAGCUCAGGACAAAAAUGGGCACGUGUACCACGGCAGGAACCUUGAUUAUCCACAUGAUGUCUUGAGGAAUCUGACUGUCAACGUAGUUUUCCUCAAGAAUGGAGAGGUGGCGUACCAGGGAACCACAUUUGCUGGAUAUGUUGGCUUGUGGACGGGACAGAGUCCGAACAAGUUUACGGUCUCCGGCGACCAACGAGGCAGUGAACAUUUGUGGAACUGGUGGAAGAACGUGGUGUCCGCGUUCCUCUUUCGGAGGUCCCCAGUGAGCUGGUUGGUCAGAGAGACACUGGAGGAAGCAGAGGACUUUCAGGAUGCAGUGAUGCGCCUUUCAAAAAUCCCCAUCAUCACUGGAGUGUAUUACAUUGUGGCUGGGGUCCGAGGCGGGGAAGGGGUUGUCAUCACCAGAGACCGGACGGGUCCCGCUGACAUCUGGCCGCUCGAGCCUGUGUCAGGAGGGUGGUUCAGAGUGGAGACUAAUUAUGACCACUGGCUUCCUCCCCCAGCCAGAGAUCAUCGAAAAGAAGCAGCUGAAAAAGCACUAAAUGCUACGGGCCAAGAUCACAUCAGCAUGGAGACACUUUAUCAGGUUUUGACGCUGUAUCCAGUGUGUAACGAGAUUACAGUUUACACAACAACAAUGAUGGCAGCAAAGCCAGAGAUGUACAGCACACUCGUCAGGCAGCAGGGCUGCCGACCGCACUGAGAGGUGUUCGAGCAGUGAGCAACGUUCAGAUUUUUGCCGCGGAGUGCCCUGAAAAAUCACAGAUUCUAUGCAGAUUCAUCAUCCUGCAGAGAUUACAUAAUCAUCCUGUUGGAGAUUAUAUAAUCAAUGACGGAAGGAAGGAAAUUCAACAAUUUUUUUAGCAUGAAGGUGCUUUUCUGCCUGUAAUGAACAAAAACUGUGAUGAUCAUUUUUAUCACCUUUGUGCCUGUAAUGUAUAUGUCAAGCUUAAUAAAACCUUGGUUACCUUCA